GACAAGCACUACAAGUGUUACCAUGGCCAGCGAAAAACUUUGACCAUCACAAAGGCAAUGCGAAGUCUUAUUGGUCAUAUCAAAACACACUUUCCGGCUAUGUAUCAUCUAUAUUUAUGUCUCAAGGAUUGUGUUGAGUCACCUACUGAAGACAAGGUCACAAUUGCAUCCGGAACAAAAACUCUUGACCCCACACAGGCAGUUGAAUAUCUCCUUAAGCUUGAAAAGACCUCGAGCAAUAUUGAAGCUAACUGGGAUCAGGGUACAUUUGAGCGGCUUCUUGCUGAAUGGAUGGUCACAUGUGAUCAGCCAUUUGAGGAGGUCGACAGGAUU